AUGGAACAAAGACGAUCAGAAAGACGGGUCGGAAGAGGGUGUUUGGUCUGCUGCGUGGCUGCUGUCCUUUUGUGUAGCGUGGCCUCGGCGCAAAUGAGAUAUUCGGUCUCAGAGGAAGUUAACGAAGGAACUGUGGUUGGAAAUAUAGCAAAAGAUUUGGGAUUAGAUAGAUACACUCUGAAAGAAAGAAAGUAUCGGAUUGUUUCUAGUACUGCGGAGCCCCUCUUCCGUGUAGAUCAGAAUGAUGGCGUGCUGUAUGUGAACCGAAAGAUUGACAGAGAAGACAUAUGCGAGCGAAGCAGUUCAUGUUUGAUAAAUCUGAAGACAGUACUAGAAAACCCACUGGAGGUCCACUAUGUUGGAGUGGAGGUGCUGGAUAUAAAUGACCAUUCUCCAAGUUUUCCAGAUGAAGAGAAAACGUUGGAGAUUUCAGAGUCUGUUUUACCGGGAGUCCAUAUUCCGCUACAACCCGCACGAGACCCAGACGGUGGUCCUUUCUCUGUUCAGCAGUAUAAACUCAGCCCCAAUGACCACUUCCGUUUGGAAGUUAAGGAUAAGGGAGAAGAUGGUAAAAUACCAAUAUUAAUUGUGCAAAAAUCUUUGGACAGGGAGGCAGCGAGAAGCCACUCAUUAGUGCUGACCGCACUGGACGGAGGGAAACCUCCGAAAUCUGGCGAAAUUAAUAUUGUAGUUAAUGUUUUAGAUAUUAAUGAUAACGCCCCUGUUUUCACUAAAGAUGUUUAUUCUGUGACGCUUGAUGAAAAUGCUCCAGUAGGCACAGCAGUCAUACAAGUGAAUGCAACCGAUUUAGAUGACGGCCAGAACGGAGAUGUAGUUUAUUUGUUCAGCAGUAUUGUUAAUCGUAAGUUAUUAAAGCUUUUUGAUAUCAACCAAUUGACAGGUGAAAUAACUGUGAAAGGUAUUAUAGACUAUGAGGAAAAAGACAGUUAUGAAAUUGAAAUUCAAGCUUCAGAUAAAGGUCUCGCUCCUCUGGCGACACAAAAAAGCGUCAUUAUCAAGAUAGUUGACGUGAAUGACAAUGCACCUGAGAUUGAGGUUACCUCAUUUUCCAGCUCCAUCCCUGAAGAUUCCAGACCUGGAACUACAGUUGCCCUUAUCAGUGUAAAUGAUUUGGACUCUGGUCUCAAUGGAAAAGUUAUUUGCUCUAUAGGUGAGGAUGUUCCUUUUGCUUUAUCACCAACCUUACAAGACAAAAUGUAUUCUUUAGUAACAAAGUCGCCUCUGGACAGAGAGAAACAGCAUUUAUACGACCUAACAAUAAUGGCAAAAGACGCUGGUCAACCGUCAUUAUCAUCUGAAAAGGCGAUAAGCGUUGUGGUGUCAGAUGUGAAUGACAACAGUCCAGAGUUUUCACUGAGCCCCUAUACUUUCUAUAUCACUGAAGCUAAUGAGCCAGGUGCCUCUGUAUUUUCAGUUAAAGCUUUUGAUCAUGAUGAGAACGAGAAUGCACGUAUUUCAUAUCGUAUUUUCAGAGAUGCAAGUACAGAUAAUAAAUUAACUUCAUUUCUCAACAUAAAUACUGAAAACGGAGAUAUUUCAGCGCUAAAAAGUUUCGACUUUGAAACUCUGAAAACGUUCCAGUUCCAAGUUGUUGCCACAGAUUCUGGAACUCCGUCACUAAGCAGCAACGUCACAGUGAACGUGUUCAUUCUGGAUCAGAACGACAACGCUCCAGUCAUCCUGUAUCCAGUCAGCUCUAACGGUUCGGCUGAAGGUAUGGAGGAGAUUCCCCGCAAUGUGAACGCAGGACACUUGGUGACUAAAGUCAGAGCCUAUGACGCUGAUAUAGGAUAUAACGGCUGGUUACUCUUUUCACUGCAGCAAGUUACUGACCACAGUCUCUUUGGCUUGGACCGCUAUACAGGACAGAUCAGAACACUUCGCUCAUUCACAGAGACAGACGAGGCUGAGCAUAAACUGGUCAUACUGGUGAAAGACAAUGGGAACGUUUCUCUCUCAGCAACAGCUACUGUGAUUGUCAAACUUGUGGAGCCCAAAGAAGCUUUUGCAGCUUCUGAUGUUAAAAGUUCAACUAAGGUUGACGAGGAAGACAAUGUUACACUUUACCUGAUGAUAACUUUGGGCUCAGUUUCUAUACUUUUUCUCAUCAGUAUCAUCGUGCUGAUUGCAAUGCAAUGCUCUAAAACCACAGACUAUACUUCUAAAUAUCUACAAGACACAAAUUAUGAUGGGACACUGUGUCACAGCAUCCAGUACAGAUCUGGAGACAAACGCUACAUGUUAGUUGGACCCAGAAUGAGUAUAGGAUCUACUAUAGUCCCAGGCAGCCAUGCGAAUACACUGGUGCUCCCUGACAGGAGGAGAGCAUCUGCAGAGAACGAUGGCAUCCUGUAUGUGAGCCGAAAGAUUGACAGGGAAGAUGUGUGCGCACAGAGCAGUACGUGUUUAAUAAACCUAAAAACCGUACUCGAAGACCCACUGGAGGUGCACUAUGUUGGAGUGGAGGUGCUGGAUAUCAAUGAUCAUUCUCCCAGUUUCCCAGAGAAAGACAAAACGCUGGAGAUUUCAGAGUCCGUGUUGCCCGGAGCACGAUUUCAGCUAAAAGCCUCGCGGGAUCGAGAUAGUGGACAUUUCUCCGUGCAGCAAUAUAAACUUAGUCACAACGAUUACUUUCGUUUGGAAGUAAAGGACAAAGGAGAAGAUGAUUCUGGAACUCCGUCACUAAGCAGCAACGUCACAGUGAACGUGUUCAUUCUGGAUCAGAACGACAACGCUCCAGUCAUCCUGUAUCCAGUCAGCUCUAACGGUUCUGCUGAAGGUGUGGAGGAGAUUCCCCGCAAUGUGAAUGCAGGACACUUGGUGACUAAAGUCAGAGCCUAUGACGCUGAUAUAGGAUAUAACGGCUGGUUACUCUUUUCACUGCAGCAAGUUACUGACCACAGUCUCUUUGGUUUGGACCGCUAUACAGGACAGAUCAGAACACUUCGCUCAUUCACAGAGACAGACGAGGCUGAGCAUAAACUGGUCAUACUGGUGAAAGACAAUGGGAACGUUUCUCUCUCAGCAACAGCUACUGUGAUUGUCAAACUUGUGGAGCCCAAAGAAGCUUUUGCAGCUUCUGAUGUUAAAAGUGCAACUAAGGAUGAUGAGGGGAAUGAUGUGACAUUUUAUCUGAUGAUAACUUUGGGCUCAGUUUCAACACUUUUUCUCAUCAGUAUCAUCGUGCUGAUUGCAAUGCAAUGCUCCAAAAGUACAGACUAUACUUCUAAAUAUCUGCAAGACACUAAUUAUGAUGGGACACUGUGUCACAGUAUCCAGUACCGAUCUGGAGACAAGCGGUACAUGUUAGUUGGACCGAGGAUGAGUAUAGGAUCUACUAUAGUCCCAGGCAGCCAUGCAAAUACUUUGGUGCUCCCUGACAGGAGGAGGGCAUCUGAAGAGGUAAGGCAGUUUUAA